AUGCUCAAAAAGUGUGCCCUAUUCUAUAGGGAUGAUGCGACAAAGCUAGCCGAGAUAGAACGCUUUCGAGAUACAUAUAAGCAACAAGAAGCCAUUACCUGGUACACCAAAGAUUCCUUUAUCUACAGACUCGUGAAUAAGGCACUUCGUACGGAGGAUAUCGAUUUAUUGUAUUCAUUUCGCUUUUUUAUAACCGACUUGUGCGCUCAGCUAGAAGAACGUAGUCGCCGACAAAACAAGGAAAAUAAGCUCACUCUCUAUCGUGGGAGUCGCCUACCCGAAGACAUCCUGAAACAGUUACGUCAAAGUAUUGGCGGUCUUAUCUCGAUAAAUAGUUUCUUAUCGACAACUCGCGCUGAACAGACAGCUCGUGUUUUUGCUGGUCAAGGUGGUCCAAAACCAGCCCGUGAAGAAAUUGUACUGUUUAAUAUUAGUGCUAAGCCAUCACUGAGCACAGUAGUAUUUGCUGACGUCCAAGAAGACAUUGGAUGGACAAUGGAUGACGAACAAGAGGUGCUGUUUAGUCUAAACGCUACAUUCAAGAUCGAAGAGGUCGUAUAUGACACCGUUCUUGAACUAUGGAAAGUGAAGAUGACCGGCACUGACGAGGGAUCAGAGCGCGUUCGACAAUACCUUCGUUUUCAACAAAAAACAAUUCACUAUAAUAGCCCGAUGAUCUGUUUUGGCAACUUGAUGUUUCGAUACAUCGGGCAAGUGGAUCGUGCUGAAAGAUAUUUCGACACGCUACUCAAGACAUUACCCGAAGAUCACCCUGAUUUGGCAUGCAUCUACUGUCAGCUUGGUCAGGUAUAUGAGGCUAAAGGUGAAUUAGACUCUGCCUUAAAAAAGCAUAUGAAGGCAUAUGAGAUUCGUCAGCGAACACUGCCGCCCGAUCAUCCUGAUAUUGCCAGUUCAUUGAACGCUCUUGGGCACAUGUAUAGAACAAAAAAUAUAGAGCAAGCGCUUGACUUCUACCAGCAAUCAUUGGCAAUUUACAAAAAACGUUCAUGUCACCAAAAUGAAAUGGGUAAGGCUGCAGCGUUGCAAAAUCUUGGUAAUAUUUAUUUAGUUAAGCAUGAGUUUGAUACAGCAUUGAGAUUUUACAAACGUAGUCGCAGAAAAUACUCCCGACUGAUGCCACCGAAGCAUCCGAUCAUUGCAACAUGUCUACGCAACAUCGGACUCGUGCACGAGAGCAAGGGUAAGGUGAUGGGCAAGGCCAAUCGAGAAUUCGACCGGGCACUUAAUUACUAUUUACGAGCACUUGAAAUAGUAGAAUACUCUUUGCCUUACGAUCAUCCGAAUGUCAUCAAGUAUCUCGAAUGGAUCGUUCGAAUCCACAAGAAAAAGGAGCAGAGUGCCGAAGCUUUCUUUGUCUGUGGUCCUAAACUGGAACGGGAGAAGAACGAUUUGAGUGAGAAAAGUGGGCGAGUCGCAAUGCGAUUGAUGAUAAUAGCGAAUUUGUUAGAGGAGCAUGCUCCCAAGCAUUCUAUGGAAACAUACAAUGAAGCAUUGACUAUGUUCGAACAGCUAACACCUCCAGCGGAUUCACGGACGAUUGUUCGUUGCCUCGAUGCCAUGCGAAGGGCGUGCUGGAAACGCCACGAAUACGCUGAAGCACUGGUGUAUGCUUUGAAAGCGCUCAAUCUUCAGCGAAGCACGUUAUCACACGAUCACACAGAUCUUGGCCUGCUGUUACGGAACGUGGGCCAUCUUUAUAAGAAGAUGGGCAAGUUGACUGAAGCUUCGGACUACUUUAACGAGAGUCUACUUAUUCUUCAAGCCAACUAUGAUAACAGUCACCUGUACGUCAAACGAAUUCUUGCCGAUAUUGCUGGCUUGAGCCCUGAAGCGCUGACUCGUGAGAAAGAUCGAACUGAAGCCAUGCGUAAGAAGAAAGAGGAAUACGUAGGCGCAUUAAUCGCCGAGUUACUUGCUCAACCGUUGACCAACUAG